GCUUUCAAGAUUCCCCAGAUAGCUGCAUCAGACAAAUGAAACAUGGAAAUACAACUGGCCUCUCUGAACUAUUCCUCCGUGGUUUCCCAACUCAGCCAGAGUUUCAAGGACUCCUCUUUCCCCUCUUCCUCUCCAUGUACCUGCUCACCCUCCUGGGGAAUGUAACAAUCAUUCUCUUGAUCCGCGUUGACGUUCAGCUCCUCCAGGCCCCCAUGUACUUCUUCCUCAGUCACCUUGCACUGGCUGACUUGGGUUUUACCUCCAGCAUCGUCCCCAAAGUGCUAGUGAACUUAUUGUCUCAGGAAAAGACCAUCUCCUAUCACGGUUGCCUGGCUCAGAUGUAUUUCUACAUGUCUUUUGGCAACUCAGACAGCUUCCUGCUGGCUGCCAUGGCCUAUGACCGCUAUGUGGCCAUCUGCUGCCCACUGUCCUAUUCCGUCCGGAUGAGCAGUAAGCAUUGCCUUCUGCUGGCCACGGUGUCCUGGAUUAUCCCCAUCAUCCACUCGUUAGUGUAUACUCUUCUGAUGUCUCGCAUUUCCUUCUGUGACUCUGAGGAGAUACCACAUUUCUUUUGUGACAUAUACCCUCUUUUGGAUAUCGCUUGCUCUGAUACCAGUGCCCUAGAAAUGCUGCUAUUGACUGAGGGGGUGGUGGAGAUCCUGGGGCCAUUUGUGCUCAUUGUUGUCUCCUAUGCAUACAUCUUCUACACCAUCAUGAAGAUUCCUUCUGAUACUGGGAAGCGCAAGGCUUUCUCCACUUGUGGGUCCCACCUUGCUGUGGUGGUUUUGUUCUAUGGCACUGUGAGCUGGGUCUAUUUCAAGCCACAUUCCAAGAACUCAGGCCACAAGGACACUGUGGCAGCUGUGAUGUACACCAUGGUCACCCCCAUGCUGAAUCCGUUCAUCUACAGCCUCAGGAACAGUGAGAUGAAAGCAGCCCUGAAGAGGGUCAUCAGGCAGCGUUUCCAGUAG